AUGUCUGUGACAAGUAAGAAUAAUGAUCAAACGAUUGAGGAUACAGCGCAAAGUUGUCUGAUGCUGUUAUCAAGAGUUGGAGAAUGUAGCGGAGAAGAAGAUAAGAGACGCGUUUUCAGAUGCAAGACGUGUAUGAAGGAGUUCUCAUCGUACCAGGCUUUGGGAGGCCACCGUGCAAAGCACAAGAAGCCCAUAAACGAGACCGAUGAUCAGUCAUCUUCACUCUCUAAGAAGCCUAAAACAACGACACAUUCUUGUCCGCUAUGUGGCCUCAAGUUUCCUAUAGGGCAAGCUCUUGGGGGUCACAUGACGAAGCAUAGGAACCAAAACGACUCCAGUACGUUGGUUACACGUUCUCUGUUUCCAGAUGAGCCUACAGUGACGAUCGACUCUGAAGAAAUCGAGUAG